AUAGACUUAUCGGUGUGGGGCAAAACCAAAACAACGUGCUGCGCAGCAAAACAUUCAUAUUUCGUUAUUUUGAUAAAAAUACUAUUUGUAAAGAUGCCACAGGGAAAAUUCAAGAAGGCCAAGCUACCAGCAGCGAUACAGAAAAAGAAGAACCAAAAGCAAGCUGCCUUCACCCGCCGAUCAAAUGCGCCCAUUCAGGCGAAAAAGGCCAAGUUUAAUGAGACGCAGAAGAUCAAGUCCGUCAUCUCGAAGUCGGUCAACAAGAGCGUGGAGAGCGAACUGCGCUCCCGCGCCCACGAGGGCUACAUCCAGUUGAGCAAGGCCCAGGAGGCGGUGGCCAAGCACCACGCCUCCCAGGCGAAGGCGGCUGCGGCGGCCAGUACCGCCAAGUCCGCGGAAUAGCUUACUCUAGGCCUAAGUACACUGUUGAUAACCAAAUGACCUGCAUAUUGUAUAGUAAAACAUCUCUAAAACUA